UACCAGGAAAAACAUGAACCGCACCGUAAAUACACUCACGAGCGUUCACAGAAUGCUUUUACUGUGAAAAAUACAAACUGCCACCAGAAGUACAGUCAUCAGCAAACUUCCACCGCCGUGCUGCCUUAAAGACCACUCGAUCACGUCCAGCGAGCAGCGGCAUUAAGGCCAGAUGGAGGAGGCGAGGAGGCGAGGCCAGGGCCUCCUGACCUCAGGCCUGGUCGUGGACGUGAAGGCCGAGGUCCAGUCGAUGGCCAAGUUCCCGCUGCCGCCGUCCCAGAAGUACCGUCACCUCAAGGUGGAGAAAAUGCUGAAGGAGAACGUGUCUGGCAGCAACAAAGCUCAGGUGUUGGAGUCGUUAAGCCAUUUGAUGAAGGCCUUGAACAUCCUGGAGAAAUAUGGCUGCAACCUGACCAGCCCCACCCGGCCCAAGUGCUGGCGCAGCGUCAAGUACUUUAACCCGGUCUUCAGGACCACAGUGGACGCCAUCCAGGGCGGCCGCGGUGUGCUCAUCCUUUACGGCUACACCGAGCAGCAGUCGGACGGCCUCGGCUUCCCCGACGACGUUGCCGAGCCUGACCGUGAAACCGUCGCAAUGGUGACACUGGAGGUCAUGACGUUGCGUUCGGAGAUAGACAUGCUCAUCAAGGGCACACAUCCUCACCAGGAAAUCUUCAAAGACGUCGUCCCCCAUUUCGUCGUUCAGGAGGAUACGAUGGCGACUGACGCCGCCGUGAUCCCGCCGCGAGAAGAUACGUCAGCGUGCAAGCCAGCGCCUCCGCCCCUGCUGCCCAAGCCCAGACUGCUGGGAGCCAGGGAUGCUCAGAAACCGCCGUCAUCGUCGGUCCAGUGUAAUCUGUGCGGAGGCCCGGCAACGAUAGUGUGCCCCUCGUGCGACAGUCAAUCCUUUUGUGACGCGUGUGACGACCUCUUCCACCGCCAUCCCACCAGAACCAAUCACAAGCGAGACCGAGGACCGAAAACGAUGCCGCUGGAAAUAUGUUCCAUCUGCGGCGUGUCUUCCGUGCACGCUCAGUGCGCCACGUGCGUGCACGCGCUGUGCCUCAAGUGCGACGACCUUUUCCACUCGCAUCCCGAGCGAAAAGGUCACAGCAGGACGGUGCUCGCGCCCGCCAAGAUCAACAGCGUGUCGAUGUGGACGUGCGUUCACUGCACCACCGUGAACAAGUCGCACGACGCACUUUGCGCUACCUGCAAACGUAGCGUCACGACCCCCAACGCAGCGUGGCAGUGUAAGAGCUGCACAGUCAUCAAUCAAGGCAGCAGCAUCCUGUGUGAGGUGUGUGAGCGCCCCCGUCUGGCCCCUCGCCCGUCCAUCGCCCCGGGGCCUUCCAUCCCGGGUUCUGGGGCCGGAGUGCAGUGGACGUGUCAGGUCUGCACCUUCGUCAACACCUUGUCCACGGGGGCGUGCGAGGUUUGCGGCUCUGCGGCUAAAUCGUCGGACGGACCCCCGUGUCCUCCCAAGCCCUCGGGCGACGCAAAGCCUCAAGCCGUGACGCCGCAGCCCAAGCCUCGAGUCAACUUGGCCCUGAAGAGGCAGGACCGCAUGAGGGAAGACGGACUCAAGCUUAUACGCCAGUUCAAAGAAGCCGAGAAGCGCGGCAUCAGCCCCGAGGAAGUGUACGCCGCGCUGCGCGUGUGCGACGGCAGCAGCGUGGACCCCUGCGAUUGGCAGGCGUCAGAACUGCCCCACCUGCUGGACGAGAUCUGCGCCAUGGCGGCCUCCGUGCACAUGAGCGUCUCGGCCGGUGGCGAAGGCGUCAAGCUGUCGAGAGCCGAGGCCAAGCUGGCCUGGCUGCAAACGGGGGGCGACACUGAGCGAGCCGUCAAGCAGCUCCUCCGAGACCGACAGAUGAAGAUGAGGGAGCUGCAGUCUCUGGGCUUCAGGGACGCGAGUCAGUGCGAGGAGGCCCUGCGACAAAGCGCCGGCGAGGUGAAGGGGGCCCUGUCUGUGCUGCAGCGCCCCCUACUGGACGCCUUCCACAAGCGCAUCUGGAGCGAGCAGCCCGAGCCGCCCUUGGACCCCAAUCACCCCGACAAAGAGCGGAUGUGCCGGCGUCUGCUGGCGCUGUACGGCCUGCCCAGCUGGGGGCGCUGCGAGCUCACCCUGUCGCUGCUGCAGGAGCCGGGCGUGGCCUACUCGCUGGAGGACGUGGUGCAAGCGGUCAGGGCGUCGCACGACCGCGACUUCAUCAAGCGCGUCCUCAACAACGAGUGUCCAUGCUGCCUGAGCAUCUUCCCUCGUAGCAAGAUGCAGUCCCUGACGUCGUGUCAGUGCUCGGUGUGUCUGGAGUGUUUCACGCAGCACUUCACCAUCACGGUGCGCGACAAACACAUCCGGGACAUGGUUUGUCCCAUCUGCCGCGAGCCUGACAUCAAUGACCCCGAGCAGCUGGAUAGCUACUUCUCCAUGCUGGACAUCCAGCUGCGGGAAUGUUUGGAGCCGGACGUCUAUGAGCUGUUCCACCGAAAGCUGACUGACCACGCGCUAAUGAAGGACCCCAAGUUCCUGUGGUGCUCCCAUUGCGUCUCCGGCUUCAUCAAUGAAGGCGAUCAGCUGAAGGUGACGUGUCUGUCCUGCUGCAACAGCUUCUGCGCCCAGUGCAAGAAACCAUGGGAGCCUCAGCAUCAAGAUCAGUCCUGCGAGCAAUUCCAGCAGUGGAAGCGGGACAACGACGUCGAGUAUCAAAGACAAGGCCUGGCCGGCUACCUGAGGGACAACGGCAUCACUUGUCCUCAGUGUCACUUCCAGUACGCGCUGACGAAAGGCGGCUGCAUGCACUUCAGCUGCAGUCAGUGCAGGUACCAGUUCUGCAGCGGCUGCAACAACCCUUACUACAAGACGGGCUGCAGGACGGAGCAGUGCAGCUUCUCGGGCCUCCACGCUCAUCAUCCUCGCGACUGCCUCUUCUACCUGCGUGACUGGGACGCCAUUAGGCUGCAGGCGCUGCUGAAAAGGGGAGGCGUGGCCUUCAACACAGAACCUUCUGAUGAACUGCAGACGGACACGUGCGGCGUGAUGGAGCAGAGGGACGAAGGAGGUCAGCCCGCCGACUUGCCGUGCGGCGUCCAGUCUCAGCCGGGCCAGGCCGGACUCUGCGAGAAACACUACCGAGAGUACCUGGUCAGUCUGAUCAACGCCCACUCGCUCGACCCCGCACCUCUCUACGACAGCCGCGAGCUGAUCCGAGCCUGCGAAAGGUACCAGGUGGACGCGAAAAGGCCCGAGAACGAGGACGACGUCGCCUACCACGCCCGUCUGCUCACGAAACUGAUGGAGGUUCCUCUGGGCGAAAAGGUUCCCAGGAACAAGAGGCCACGGGGGCGCGGACGCGAAGAUCCCAAAAACGGCACCACAAGCCGCGGCGGACAGCGAGCGUGCCUCGGACUUGCUUGCUCGGAACCCAUGGCCCCUGCGACGCCGCGAAGCACCCGCAGGCUGCGCUCGUGGAUCGUGGAACAGGUGAGCAGCGGGAAAUUUCCUGGUCUGAGGUGGGAAGACGAGGCCGAAACCAUGUUCCGCAUCCCGUGGAAACACGCCGGGAAGCAGGACUUCCGGAAGGACGAGGACGCCGCCAUCUUUAAGGCGUGGGCGGAGUUCAAGGGCAAGCUGAGCGAAAGCAACCCGGCCGUGUGGAAGACGCGGCUGCGCUGCGCUCUCAACAAGAGCCCCGAGUUCAGCGAGGUCCUAGACCGAGCCCAGCUGGACAUCUCGGAGCCAUACAAAGUGUACCGUCUGGUGCCCGUCAGCGAGCAGGGCGCACAGACGCUGGAGAGGAAACGAGGAGAGAAAAGCGGCAGGAAGUGGAAGAGGAGGAGCAGCGACGCGGCGGCCGGCCAAGAUGUCGCUGACGCCAACCAGAUGAAGACGGAGAAUGAAGUCCAAGUUCAGCUGCAUGCGAAAGACAUCGUGCAGAGUGCACAUUUCCUGCCAGAAGCACACCCGGCCCAGACGGACGCCCCCGUGCAGGAUGCCCCGCUCAGCGAAAUCCGACUAGACGUCCGCAUUGAGGAAAGUGUCACGCCUCCUCAGGAAGACAAGGACUCGUUGCACAUAGCGGUGCACUAUUUGGGCCAGAAAGUGCUGACGCGUCACAUCCACGGGCCCGACGUGCGGGUCCUGUACGUACCGUCGUCGUCGCCCGUGCCGCCCACGCCGGCCCCCGACGUCUGCUUCCCGCGCAUCCACCUGCCGGAGCCGCCGCCCUCGCUGCCCGACGACAGGGCGGCGUUACUCUCCCUGCUGCCCUUCAUGGAGAAGGGCGUGGCCCUCACGUCCACCCAGCAGGGCGUCUACGGCCGACGCUUCUGCCGGGGCCGGGUCUUCUGGACGGGGCCGCACACUUCCUCGCCCGGCCUGCGCAAGAUGGAGAGGAACUCCGAGCCCGUCCUGCUCUUCAGCAAAGACACCUUUAAGCAACAGCUGGAUGACUUCCGUGUGAACGGUGGCGAGCCGCCGCAGUCCAGCCUCACUCUUUGCUUUGGAGAAGAACUGAGUGGCUCCGAAGAUCCGUCCGGAAAAUUCAUCAUUGUUCAGGUGAGGCUGCCGUGGGCCGAGCAGCAGGUCCAAAGCGCUCACUCCAUCGUGGAGUCCUUCACCCUCCUGCAGUCUCCGCUGGACGAGAUCACCCUCAGCCUCGCCGUGCCGACCGUGGAGCAGGCGCCCUGAGGGAAGGUCACGGGGCGUGGGAGGAGAGCGGCUUUUAACCCCUCAAACGACACUGACGUCACUUUUCUUUUUUAUACAAGAGAGUUUGCACACCUCAAGUUUGACCUCUGCAUCACUGGCGAGCCUUGAAUGGAAAAAGGUGUACACUGUGUGUGUGUACAGAAAACACUUCAACUGGAUUUACACUGCAGCUCCAAGUGGCCAAUUCCAAUACCUAUACAUUUUGUUGACUGUCUAUUUUGAUGUACAGUGGAUAUAAAAAGUCUACACACCCUUUUAAACACAAGGUUUUUUUUUUUUAGUAUUACAAAACGAGACCAAUCAUUUCAAAACUUUUAACGUGACCUGAAUACAAUGGGAUUAAAAUAUUUUCAAGAGGGGAAGUAAACUAUGUGGCAUACUCGAACAGCUGAACUUUAUUUGGGGUUCAUCAGAGGCACAUAAAAGGGUGGCAGGUAUGUGCUGAUUUCCAUUUAACGGGUUUGAAUGUGAUUGGUUAAUUCUGAUGACAGCAGCAUCCCCAGUUAUGCGGGUGUGCACACUUGUGCAACCACAUCGCAGUUAUUUUUACUUCCCCUCACAAAAAAACAGUAUUAGAACAGAGGUGGCUCAACUUUCUAUAUCCACUACAUUUUAAGGGACAUGUUUUAAAUGACUUUUUACAUUUUUGGAACACAUGAAAUGACCGAGAUUCCCAAGUUGUAUGUAAAUAACUCCACAAGUGUCAACACUGAAGAAAACAAGAAUACAUAACACAAACCAUGAAUUAAAAUGAAGGGAAUGUGCACAUUA